AUGAGCCAGGAUAAGAGAUUAGCGGGUAUAAUACUACAAUCGGGGGGGUCGUCCUCUGAAAGUUUGACCGAUUUCCAGGACUUAAAGAUACAAAACCUACAGGAGAGACUUGAUUAUCUGCCAUUGGAGGAGUUUAUGUCGGACGUUUGUCCACCAAUGUUUAGAGAACAUAGAAACUACGCAUUUUUAUUAUAUUGUUUAAACCAAGUCAAUCUUGUCACAGAUUUGCCAGACUCUGUAAAGUGUCAUUACCCAUUGCAAAUAUUCAAAGAUUGCCAAUUGAGUUCCAUGGUUCAGAAGGAGUUUGUACAUUAUUUCCAAUUCGUUAGGAAUAAGGUAAGAGAUGACCGGAGUGAUAGUGAUACCACCUUAGUAAAUGUAACCAAUGUUUUGGAUUCAUGCCAUAACAAUCAAAUGUUGAGGAUGUCUAUUAUUCCCAGGAUUUGUUCCUUUGAUAAACCCAACUCGAAAACCUACAAGUUGGUUUUAGAGUAUUUGAAUCGUUUUGAAACCGUUCUAACAAAAUUCCGUCCGGGGAAAGACUUCAGUAAAAUAUACGCGAACUGGUUGAAGCUAAUUGAGUCAUUUAAUGAGCUCGUUUUUCAUGACAUGUUAGUCAAGUGGAAACAAUGGUUAGAAUUAACUCAGCCAAAUACCACCGUUCAUCUGAACAUUUCUGAUGUUUUAAGAGAGCUCGUAACGAAACUGACUCAGAAGUAUUUUACGUUCCAACACUCACACAGCAGCUCGAUUGAUGAAUUCACAACGAUACUACUUGAUAGAAACUCGCUAAGCCUAUUAGACCUCUUUAAUGAAACUCAAAAAUACAAACUGAAUUUUGGGUUAUGGUUGGAUUGUCAGAACGGAAUUUUAAUUUUUACCAACGGCAUUUUGCGUAUGCCAGAUAAGUCCAAAAGUGAACAGCAGAAAUCUUUUGUUAGGCCGGCACAUAUCUUAAUAUUGGAAGACCAUCCAAGUGAUGAAAUAGUCAAGAAACUAAUGUUUUUUAUCUUCUCAGCGAUAAUGCAAUGUUUUACUGAUGAAAUUUUGGAGUACUGA